AUGAAAGCGAAAAGGUGUAAAGAUGUUAGGCGUUGCAGGUAUCUCGCGGCUAAAAGUGAAGCCGAUCAUUACGCGAGGGAGUUGAAAAGAGAGCAAGAAGAAAUCAUCAGUGUGCCUGAUACUGAGGCUGCUGAAGUGGCGGAGAUACUGGCGGAGUAUGGAGUAGAACCACACGAAUAUGCACCAGUGGUGAAUGCUCUAAGAAAAAGGCCUCAGGCUUGGCUUGAUUUCAUGAUGAAGUUUGAACUGGGAUUAGAGAAGCCAGAUCCAAGGAGAGCAUUGCAAAGCGCAUUCAACAUUGCCAUUGCGUACAUAUUGGGUGGAUUGGUGCCACUCCUUCCCUACAUGUUCAUCCCAAGAGCCAAGGACGCUGUGGUUGCAUCAGUGGUCAUCACCAUAGCUGCACUACUCGUCUUCGGUUACGCCAAAGGUUACUUCACCGGAAACAAACCAGUUAAAAGCGCUCUCCAAACCGCGCUUAUCGGCGCCAUUGCAUCCACCGCCGCUUUCGGCAUUGCUAAGGUCAUCCAUCCCUAGCUCUUAUUAACUAAUGUCUGAAGAACCAGAUUGUUUAUCUUGCAGGGUUUUACGCUUUGUUCAUGAGAACAGAACAUCUGGGUUUCCACUAAUCCGUUUAGUGUUGGUGUUUAGAUUUAAAUCCCACAGCUCCAUGUAACUUUCUCCUUUUAUAUGUACUCUCAUUAAGAGUGAAUGCAAAGCUAUUAGUUUA